GCGCACAUUCGUAGCCCCUUCAACGGAACCCAGGAUUUAUAAAGCAUGCGUACGAUUUUUGUGCAUUUCUUAUGCGUGUUAUUAACAUUACAGAUCUGAUAUUAUUGCGGAAGACACAGAGGCACGACUGACGCACGGAAAUGCGCUGCUUCAAUGUUGUUGUUUUUUAUAUAACUGGUGGAUCAAGCCUCGCCAAAACACGAGCUUAUGCUACAGCUUGCAUUUGUUAAUCCAUUGCUGCAUAUCGUGGUGAGGAAAAGAUGGAUUGGUGUAUUGGAAAUAUAAGGAUUCCCCGCAGCGAGACUGAUGGCUCCUUCGGCAAAGCCCCAACGUCAUGCACCACAAUCCACCUGUCUGACGUGAUCAGUGCGACCGAACUCAAGCCAGAAAGGAAACUCAUUCCAAUCCGACCCCCAGCCCCCAGAGUCCCCCCACCCAAGAAACAGCAGGAGACAAACCGGGGCCUCUCCUGUGAACCGCUGCCCAGACCUAUCAUCCAGAGACGCUCCAAAUCUCUGCCCUCGCCGCAGGAGAGGAAGAAGCAUUUCAGAAAUGUCAGGGUGCGUUUCGCUGACUCCUUAGGGCUCGACCUGGAGGACGUGAAGCUCUUCAAGUCGGGGGAGGACCCCUUCAUCCCCCAACACGUGGCCUUCCGGCUAUUGAUGGGUGCCGAGCUGACCGACGGCACGCACCUGGAGAUCUCCCUGCCCUACCUGAAGCCCGUCUUCUCCCAGCAGCCCGGGGACCAGCCCGAGUUCCUCCAACGCCUCCAAAGGCAGAAGGUGUGCCUGGAGCGGGUGCUGUGCUUCGAGCUGGGCGUCAUCGGCAUCACCCAGGUGCUGAACGUGCACCCCGAUAAGGAGGUGGGCGUCCGCUACUCCUUCACCGAGUGGAAGAGCCACACGGAGACGAAGGCCUCCUGGGUACAGAGCGCCACCCGGCCCGGCGACGGAGGGGGCGGAGCCUGUCUCAGCGUCGACACCUUCCGGUUCCACCUCCCCGUGCCGCCGUUCCUGCAGCCGGGGGCGGUGCUGGAGUUUGCCGUCCGGUACACGGCGUGUGGGCUGGAGCACUGGGACAACAACGACGGGCAGAACUACAAGCUGGUGUGCCAUAACUACAAGCUCAGCGUUCCCAAGGAGUGCGAGGACAGCCUGGUGCACUUCCUGUGAGACAAGGGAAGAAGACCGCUGCUGAGGGGACAUCCUGGGUGCAUUUCGGUUUCUGUUCACUACACUAUUUAGCUCUGCAGUAGCUUUGCACUCAUAGGGUAUUUCCCUGCGUAUUCUUUUGUAGAUUUUAAGUAAAUCGUCACUUUGAAGCAGCCAAAGCUGAAUUUCAACAAUGGGGAGAAAUAAAACAAUUGCACUUUUUGUAUGUAGUACAAGUAGUAGGCUAUAGCAGUACAGUAGCCUGACAUUUUCAGACAAUUCGCCAAUGCAUAUCGGUCCGGAACCUCUCCGGGGCGUACCGAUGGGCGUUAUCAACAGGUGCCAACCAUAUUGCCUCCGGACGCAAUUGGAUAGACCUACAACCUAUCAGAGCAAUUGAUCGUGUUAUGCGGCAGCCAUCUUGGUUGUUCAUGAAAUGCCUCAACGGCUCUCCCAUUAGGCGCUCCUCUGUACAAUCAACGUAUCAGAGCCGCUGUACUUUACAUAAACAGUUGUGAUUGGCCCGACCGAGCCCGUGUCUGCUUGAAAUCGCCUGAACAGGAGGCUGGCCAGGCACAUGCUAGAGCAAAUACAGAAUGAGCUUGCAGGGUCUCCUGGUUCCUGCAGGCUAGCAUUACAGUACAGUACAGAAUAGUAGAAACCACAAAUAAAGAUAAUUAGACAGUUUGAUUUGGCUUUUACCUGCACUUUAUGAUACAAUAGAAUAAUUAUAAAAUAAAUGUACUUUAUCAAUCCCAGAUGGGAAAUUUGCUCAACUUGGAUGCACAAGUAAUUGCUUUUUGUAAUGCAAAUA